GCAACAGCCAUCGGCUCAGCGACCGACUUUACAUUCGGGCAGCGUGUUGCCGAAUCGCUCUUUGAUGGAAAAGCCGGCGGCUGGUUCAACAGGUCCCACCAACUAGGUGAGCUUCUCCGGUUGCAGCGUGAAGGCAAAAACAUCAAUCGCCGGCUCCUGCUGCGAUUGGAUCCGUCGCAUGAGUCAAAGAGAUCGCACUGUUCUUGCGAAGGCUUUCCAGACUGUCGCUAUCGAGUAUGUGACUCGCCUGUUCCCACCGAACUGGCGCUCCUCUUUCUGGACAAUCAUGAUCAGCAGCGGGAGCGCUGGAAGCCUGAGGUACAAGGUCAGCCGCCGUCCUCUCCGGUUUGCUCUUGGGAUGGCCGGGACAUUGGAAGCUGCAGACCUAUUUACAAGCACGGCCAAGUCUAUGCUUUGGCACAGCUCUACAUGCUGGCCUGGCCUUACGGAGCGGACAAACGAUCUGCUGUUCGGCUGAUGUCCUCUUAUGGUUUCCACGAGUUCAAUCAGGGCCCACCUGGCGUAGGUCGAGACUCGCUGAAAGACCCUGUUGCAUCUCCUGUUGUUUGUUCGGCCCUGAGGAUGCAGUUCGAGAGUUGCAAGGUUUUGUGUUCGAUAAUUUGA